AUGUCAAACGACGAAAGAACUUUCAUUGCUAUCAAGCCAGACGGUGUUGCCCGUGGUCUCGUUGGUGAAAUCAUCUCCCGUUUCCAAAGAAAGGGAUACACCCUCGUUGGUCUCAAGCAAGUUGUCCCAAGCAAGGACCUCGCUGAAUCCCACUAUGAAGAACACAAGGAACGUCCAUUCUUUAGUGGUCUCGUCUCUUUCAUUACCUCUGGUCCAGUCGUCGCUAUGGUCUGGGAAGGUAAGGGUUCCAUCGCCAUGGCUCGUGCUAUGAUCGGUGCUACCAACCCACUCGCCUCUGCUCCAGGCACCAUCCGUGGUGACUUUGGUGUUGAUGUUGGUCGUAACAUCAUCCACGGUUCUGAUUCCGCCGAUUCUGCCAAGAGAGAGAUCGCCCUUUGGUUCAAAUCCUGCGAACUUUUGACCGAAGUAGUCCGUUCAUCAAACUUAUAUGUUCCCUCCCUUUGGUGGCCCAUUGAGAAAAUUUGA